UCGCGUUGAACACAAGAGCAGACAACCAAACAGGCGCGGCGCAUGAGCGUCUCAUGAAGUCAAGUUGACCGUGUGUGCGUCAGAACGAUUCGGGGGACGGUAUAGUUUUUGAGCUGUGAGAAUCUCGCUAAAUCGUGAGAAGAGAUGAUCCUGUCUUCGGGACUGACAUAACGGUUAAAGGGUGACUCAGUGAACAUGGCCCCAAAUUCCAUCCACUGGUUCCGGAAGGGCCUCCGUCUCCAUGACAACCCUGCACUUCAGGAGGCAGUACGUGGGGCAGACACUGUUCGAUGUGUCUACUUCCUGGAUCCCUGGUUCGCUGGGUCGUCCAACCUUGGGGUCAACAGGUGGAGAUUUCUCCUGCAGUGCCUGGACGAUCUUGAUUCCAAUCUAAGAAAACUCAAUUCCCGCCUUUUUGUCAUCCGAGGUCAACCAGCCAAUGUUUUUCCACGCCUUUUCAAGGAAUGGAAAAUAUCCAGGUUGACGUUCGAGUAUGACUCAGAACCAUUUGGGAAGGAGAGGGAUGCAGCUAUUAAAAAGCUUGCGAUGGAGGCCGGGGUUGAAGUCAUAGUCAAGAUCUCACACACCCUUUACAACCUUGAUAAGAUCAUUGAACUAAAUGGUGGUCAGCCUCCCCUCACCUACAAACGGUUCCAGACUCUGAUCAGCCGAAUGGACCCACCAGAGAUGCCAGUGGAAACCCUCUCCAACACUAUUAUGGGGUGCUGUGUCACACCUGUCUCUGAAGACCAUGGAGACAAAUAUGGUGUGCCGUCGCUGGAAGAACUAGGAUUUGACAUCGAGGGACUACCUUCUGCUGUCUGGCCAGGAGGUGAAACGGAGGCAUUAACAAGGAUUGAAAGGCAUCUGGAGCGAAAGGCUUGGGUUGCAAAUUUUGAAAGACCCAGAAUGAAUGCCAACUCUUUGCUAGCCAGUCCGACUGGCCUGAGUCCCUACCUCCGUUUCGGCUGUCUCUCCUGCCGCCUCUUCUAUUUCAAACUCACAGACCUCUACAGAAAGGUGAAGAAAACCAGCACUCCUCCACUCUCCCUCUACGGUCAGCUGCUGUGGAGGGAAUUUUUCUACACUGCUGCCACCUCCAACCCACGGUUUGAUAAGAUGGAAGGCAACCCAAUUUGUGUACGCAUCCCUUGGGACAAGAAUCCAGAGGCUUUGGCCAAAUGGGCUGAAGCUAAGACAGGUUUUCCAUGGAUUGAUGCCAUUAUGACCCAGCUGAGGCAGGAGGGCUGGAUCCACCACCUGGCCCGUCAUGCUGUCGCUUGUUUUCUCACUCGUGGAGACCUGUGGAUCAGUUGGGAGGAGGGCAUGAAGGUGUUCGAGGAGCUCCUAUUGGAUGCUGACUGGAGUGUAAAUGCAGGCAGUUGGAUGUGGCUCUCCUGUAGCUCUUUCUUUCAACAGUUCUUUCAUUGCUACUGUCCAGUGGGUUUCGGCAGGCGCACAGACCCUAACGGCGAUUUCAUUAGACGAUAUUUACCUAUUCUCAGAGGUUUCCCUGCCAAAUAUAUCUACGACCCGUGGAACGCCCCAGACUCUGUGCAGGCCGCUGCCAAGUGCAUCAUCGGUGUCCACUACCCCAAACCCAUGGUGAAUCACGCCGAAGCGAGUCGUCUCAACAUUGAGAGGAUGAAGCAGAUCUACCAACAACUUUCACGCUACAGAGGACUUGGACUUCUGGCCUCCGUACCAUCCACACACAAUGGGAAUGGAAAUGGGAUGGCGUACUCCCCAGGGGAACAGCAGUCCGGGACCAAUACACCAGCACCAGCUGUAUCGGGUGGUUCCAGUAGUAACAGGAGUGGAAGUAUUUUGCUGAACUUUGACAGUGAAGAGCAUCAGGGACCAAGUGGAAUUCAGCAACAACAGCAGCAGCAAUUAGGAUACCACCACAUGCCCGACACAGGGCACAACAGUCGACUUUACAAGUGUAAUGUCUCACAUGACAUGGCAGGCCCAAAACAUUCAGGUCAUUUGCUGCACACAGGAGGAAGCGUGACAGGUAAAAGGGAGCGAGAGUCGGAACGAGAGCUUGAUGGUGAUGAUGACACCCUCUCCACCUCUCACAAGUUACAACGGCAAAUUGCAGACGUCACUUCGGUUCAUGCUACCAGUGGGAACCAGUCGAGUAUGAAGAGUUAGAUGGACAUAUCAUCGUACUGAACAGAACAGAUUCAAAACAAGACGCAGUCUAAAGGGGACUGAUUUUAAAUCUGGUUUCCUUAAAACAACUCACUCAGCAUGUUUUUUUCUUCUAUUUUUUCCUUCUUUUUCAAUCUCUUUUUCUUACAUGUUCAGUUUAUAUAAAAUGUGAACUGAAAACUUAUUUUUAUCAUUUAAUGAAAUUCAGUUGCUCUAAAAAGAAGUUAAUGAUUUUACAUCCAUUGACAGACAAAAACAACCAUAAAAAGAUUUCUCCUUGUUUCCUUGGCAUACCCCUUUCUCUUUGUUUCAUCUUUACACAGGGUAGGGUUUUAUGUACUGAUAGUGGGAUAUAUUUAUCUGCUUUUAUCAAGUAUGAUAAAGCUGAGCUUCAUUGUACACUCAUUGCAGCUAGGACUUUGUGAGUAUUUUUACAGUUUGGUUGGCACCAGCACCAACCAUCGGUUGGAACCAUCUACAACCAUCACAACACACUUUUAUACAUUUUUCUCUGACAUUAUCUCAUUGAUCAGUUUCACUGAUUCUCAGUAGAGUGGUGUACGUGCCACUUUUUAUAAACAGAAAAAUUUAUACAGGUAUAUAUUUUAUAUAUUGGUGUUUCGUUCCUUGCCAGUUCAGUGUAUUAGUGUUGACUCAGAAAAUCCACAUGUAAGUAAAUAAAUAUUAAAUACCAGCAGAGUUGACAUUUUAAAAUAGGUUUAAAGAUUUCUAGAUUUUGAAAUCAUCUACGUAAAAUGAUAUUGCUUAACUGAUUCAUGUUUUUAACCUUGAACCCAUUUGUAAAUAUUAUCAGGGACAGAGCUGCAGUGGAAUGCGGUUCUUGAAUGUUUCUAAAUGGGCUACUAUUGCCCAUCAAAUGCAUCUUUUUCUUUGUCAUGCUUGGCAGACACACACAGACAGCUGAUCUUCACGGUCAGGCCUUAAACACUGAUAAAAACGCCAACUUAAACUCUGCCAAAGCCAGGAAAUGACACUGGAAAACAACAUUUUCCUAGUUCAACAUUGAACACUACAGUACAUCCAUGAAAUAAACCUUUACGGUUCUUUAGGAAGGAAGUGUAUGGAAAUCGAAGACACCCUGUUGUAUAUCUGACCCUUAAGAUUUCUUAGCAUUUCUCAGAUUUAUUUUAUAAAUCUUAAAUAUUUCAAAUAAAUUCAUCUGUUUGUGCAUGUUCAGGUAAAGCAAAAGCAUCAUCUGACAGUAUUAAUCACAACAUGACAUUGAUUGACAUUCCAAAAAUAUGCAAAAUGUUCACUAUUAACAACUUUUUUUUUUUUGUCACUGUGAUAAUGAUUCUGCUGCAGCCCUUUUUACAAUAUAUAAUGUUCCUUUCUAUAACUUAAGAAUAAAGUAAGAGUAAUCCAAUUUCCAAAGUAAUUACAAUCGUUUUUCCUCAGGGAAGGUAACCAAUAAUUAGGAUUCUGAAAAUAUUUAACAUCAAUAUUUGGCCAUAAAUGCUUCAUACCAAAUGCCCCCCUACAAACCAAAUAUUUUAAUUUAACUGUUGGUUUUCUACCAUAUUGCCAAGAAAUUAAAAAAUUCAAUAUUAACAAAUAUCAGUCACAACUGAGACUUCUGAUAAAUCCACCCCAAUGUUUACAGUGUCACUAACACAUGCUCUAAUGACGACUAUUGUGCAUAACUAGACCAUGUAUAUAAAUAUAUGGACCCUUCAGUUAAUGUAUGAUUGUUUAUCAUGGUGAUCUGGCAACCUCUCACUGAAACUGGACUAAAGCUAUUGGGUCUGAAUUUGUGUUUGUAUAGCUGGAUCUGCUUUGACACAGUGACAUCUGUAUUGCUUUUGCUGACCAGCAGAAGUGUUCAGUUCUAAUGUGAAUGUUUUGAUAUGACAAUUGUAGAAACCUCAGUGCUUUUUGACUGUAAUAUCUUUGUGCUAUUAUAGUUGGUUUCUGUCACAGUGGAAGACGUGAACCAUUUCUGUUUUCUCCCCAUCUGAAUUAGUCAUUCGUUUGAAUUUUCUUUUUAUUUCUUUUCUGUGAAAUAAAUGUGACGUCAAGUCUAAAUUGUUCUUCAAGUCUGUAAAGAGUUGUAAAGGUAAAUCUGAUUGAAACUGGA